CCGAGACAGCAUUUUCUGCUUCCAGCACAGGUGGCUUCGAGUACUAGUGGGUUUUACUGAAGCAAUAUUUUAUAGUACUAAUUACUUUUUCUCCCACGUUUAAUUAUAAAUUUAAACCAAUAUUCAUUCACUUACGUCAAAAUCGAACAGUGCUUCUAUAUUUCAAUUGAACAUUAGUUUACGGUUUUAUUACAAUCCCAUCUGAAACAAGGAUUAAAAAAUUGAUUUAUGUUACUAUCAGUACACACAACUUUAAGCGUAUCUGAUUGAUUACCGGCGAAAACAUAUAGACUUACUCCGGCUACACUAUACAUUUUAGAAUUACAGCCUGUCGUAAGCUUGGGAAUAAUGUUAAUAUAAUAUCGCUGAUCGAAUUAAAAAAAGUUUUCAGGGCAUCGGAGCAACUCACGUCCAAAGGAAACCUCAAAGUAGUUGACGUGAGAACUUCGAGAAUUCACUGAACUUAGCUAAUAUAUAUCCAAAUAUUGACUUUCAGCUGAGUCAGGUUUACCCCAAUCGAUCAAAGUGCAGUAAAUUAAUUAAAUACGUCCAAGAUUACCUCGUUGACUAAAAUAAUGUUCAAGUGUCUGUAAAACUCCAAAAAUGACGGGUUUCAGCCAAGGAAGAUCACAGUUCAACAGAUUACGGCAGAACAGAGUGAGACAUGAAGUUGGUGCAAGUACUUCGGGGCAUUAUCUUCUUCACUGCAGUUGUCUCACGUGCUGCUGUGAGUGCUGAAGAAGAAAGGCUUACGCCUGACGAAGAACUCGGCGUGGUGAAUAACACCGAAGAGGUUGAAGAAGUCGAGAAGCCAUCGUUCGACGAUGCAGUGGAUAUACAAGAAGAUAUAGCGAAAAGAUCGCCGCGGUUUAGACCAAGAUCUUAUCAACUCCUGGGUAAGUGCCCAUAUGGCAUGCGCAAGAGCCCUCGCUGUUGCGGUGGUAAAUGGAUUGACGACCCGUCAGUCAGAACGUGCUGUCGUGACCGCAUCAUUUUGACGAGCCUGGCCCCAUUCUGCAAACGCAUGUCUAAAUGUGGUCGUUACUCGCUGUACAACCGUAAAUAUCAGAGGUGCUGUAAAGUCCAAGUGAUUCCCAGAAGCGUCAAGUGUGAACGGCUGCGCUGUAAAAAAGAACGCUACUACCUUUUUAAUGAGCAAUGCUGCAACGGCAGAGUCAUCUACAAACACGUGCCGUGCAAUCUGUUCCCAACGCACUGUGGUGGGGUAAGCUAUGAUCCAAGUUUUCAGAAGUGUUGUUCUAAUCGGGUGGUACCGAGACAUAUUCCCUGUCUGACUGGAGUGCCUUGUGGACAUGCUUUCUACAAUCCUCAGCUCCAACAAUGUUGCAGCGGUAAAGUCAUCCCCAGACACGUGCCGUGCAAUCUGUUCCCAGCGCCGUGUGGUGACAGUCCUCACUGUUGCGGAGGUAAAUUGAUCGACGACCCUUUAACCAAAACAUGCUGUCGUGACCGCAUCAUUUUGACAAGCCUUGCCCCAUUCUGCAAACGCAUGUCUAAAUGUGGUCGUUACUCGCUGUACAACCGUAAAUAUCAGAAAUGCUGUAAAGGCCACGUGAUUCCCAGAACCGUCAAGUGUGAACGGUUACGCUGCAAACGAGAGCGCUACUACCCUUUCAAUGAGCAAUGCUGCAACGGUAAAGUCAUCUCCAAACACGUGCCGUGCAAUCCUUUCCCAAUGCAGUGUGGUGGGGUUAGCUAUGAUCCAACCUUUCAGAAGUGUUGUUCUAAUCGGGUGGUGUCGAGACAUAUUCCCUGUCCGGCUGGAGUGCCUUGUGGACAUGCUUUCUACGAUCCUCAACGCCAACAAUGUUGCAAGGGACAAGUGCUCCCUAGAUUCGCACCAUGCAUCCCGUUCAAGUGUGGCGGACAUAACUACAACCCAAAGACUCAUCAAUGCUGCAACGGACAAAUUUUCCCCAGGUUCCAGAGGUGUCCCGUCCCAGGCCCUCACCAUCAAUUUUGUGGGAGCAAUUUCAUCAAUCCUUUUUUCCAACGAUGUUGCUAUGGAAACGCCGUGGCUCCCUUAAGAUCAACAUGUCAAAGGUGUGGUGCCUCGUUGUACGUCCCAUUCGGCUUCCGCUGUUGCCAUGGAACCCAAGUUCUUCCUGCAUCUGUUCGGUGUGCUGUUUUUGGAUAAAGAACUCUAGACCUCCAACUUAGGUCUCUUCAUGUCCAUCAGACUGCAUGGUUAUGUAUAUGUAUGUUACGCACGUUGAUUUCAAUAGGAUGAGUAAUCAAAGGGACACUGUCAUGAUAUAUUGGCUUAAAACUGUUAUAAAUUCACGAAAUGGUCCCUAAAUUUAAGCAAUAAGAAUUUAAUUAGCACUAACUAAAUGAUUGAAAGCAAUUUCUUGAAAAAAGUCCACACUGCAGCAACAUUUUUUUCAAAAUUUCAACGAUUUUCAAGCCAAACAUGAACCUUUGAAAAACUGACAUCCUGACGCUUUUUGAAAAAUCCAUAUCGCAAUCUGUUUCCAUCCUCGCCAUCGUUAGCCAUCCUCACUUCGUAAUGGGUUCCAAUCAUUUGCUGAGUACUGCUCUACAAAGUAAGACCAUUAUUUUUCAGCUUCCAAAGAUCGAAAUAUGAGAUUUACAAAAUCAUGCUAAAAAUGGUAAGAGUGUCCCUUUAAUGGCUAUUAAUUAAAUAAUGGAUUUUAAUACAAUUACAAUGAAAUGUACAUCAAUAAUACAAGCUUAUCAUUAUUAAUACAGGCUCGGUUGAUAAACGAUUUAUUAUAUCGGAUAAAAAACAGAUUUCUUUCUUGAGGGACACAACACAGGAUCCCGAGAGGGCAAUUGCCCACUCGGAUAGCCAAUGAACUGAUGAUUUUUUUUAACAUUUAGGUACACAUUUUUACCUCAACAAAAUCAAAAAGAGCAUUCAUUUAAAAGGUUUCUUUCAGUUUCUAUUGCAAUAGUUUAUUGUUUAAACAGCCAUAAUAUUACAAUGAUAACAUGAUGCUUACGGACCUACUCAUUUUUUUUUUUUUUUUUUUUUCAUUGCCUACUAUAUUAGUUAUGCGGACAAAAGUCAGUUUUACCAAGAAAAUGUGAACCUAAAAUUAACAUUGUAGGACCAUUCCUACAAUGUUAAUUUGCGGCAGGGCCAUUCUAAGGGAAAGACCAAAAGGUUUUUCAAAUAACCUUACAUUGGCCCCUUUUCCCUUUUAGCGCAGCGUAAAAUCAAAAUCAUCGCUAAGAAAUAUUGUAAGGAUUUAGACAUUAGGUUAGCCUUCUCUUCCCAUAAGUUAAGUAACAUGUAUAGUGUGAACGACUCGAUCCCUUAUGCGCUCCGUUCCCAGGUGGCUUACAAAUUCACACGUGCAGGAUGUCAUACCUGUUAUGUCGCUGAAACCAGUAAGAUAUUUUGGCAUCAGGGUUCGCGAGCACUUACUCUCGGAUCGCAAUUCCCAUAUCUAUAAACUUCUUCAGGGUUCUGAGUCGUGUAAGAAUCUACGCUCUUUUAAUUGUUUUCCAUCUUAGACUCAGCUCUUACUAAUUUCUAACUUAAGAUCAAAGAAGCCCUUCACAUUGAACGGGAAAGACCAGCGUUGAAUAAACAAAACUCUUACAUUUUAAUUUAACUGUAACUUUUUCACUAUUUGAACUAUUAUUCUACAUUUUGUAAUUUACACCUGCUUGUUACCUACUUUAUAUAAAGUCACUCACUUGUAAACAUCCUUUAACUGAAGAUGGAUAUUGAGUAUCCGAAACAUGUCUUGCAAAUUUAAACGGUGUGUCGUCUUCUUUAAAUGUUUGAUUUCAAUCUUACUGCUACGAAAAUUUGGCAAUAUUGUAUGUAUGACAAACAAUUGUCUGUCAACCAUGCUUAAACAAGGCCACAAUUUUCCUUUGCAAUCUCUCUAAGUCAGACGUAACUUUUUACGAUGUAACUCUGACACCUGUUAGGCUUAAUUGUUUUCUUUUUCCUAUGGCUAUUGUAAGUGUAAACUUAGAAAUACCUGGCUAAAUUGUUGCUGAUAUAAACAUAUAUGUUGUGCCACUCAAAAUAAAAAGUCUCGAACUUCAUUGUAUGCUUUACGAAAAGUAGCAAACAUGGAAAAAGGAGGCGUUACGUCUGUUUCGGAAUCUGGUUGUGAUUUUCUUCUUCUGAAGAAAGUCUUGCUUCUCAAGGUUGCUCAAGGUUCUUGUGUGUAAGGGACUUUGAUUACUGGACUCCUAAUAGGGGUGGCCGUGUAAAAGGUGGCCGUUUAAUAGGGUUUCUAUCGCAAUGUUGUUUUUCAAUGACAUGAUCUUCUGCUUUGCUUUUGAGCCAAACAGUUGGUAUUUGCACUUUAGAGGAACAACCAAAAGGCUAGUUUCCAUCAUCCUCGGAGACCCAGGGGCAGCUAGUCGGAAAGACGCGAUAGUUUCCGAAAAUAUCGCGUUGUCCCGUCUAGCUGACCCUGGGUCUCCGAGGAUGGGUUUCCAUAGGAGCGCUGUAGUCGCUACGAUCACCGUUGUGGCAACGAUCACUGGAGAGUUGUUUCUCUGUGAUCUAAACUUUCGCUGAACUUUUUUGCAGCCAUCGUAAAAUAGUGGCUAUGAGUCGUGUAAAAUACAAUCACUGCCGAAUAAAAAAAGCUAAAUAUUGUAUCUCAGAAGAUAUAACAGCUGAUUUCAUCUCACCAAGAUUCAUCUGACCGUUUCAAUUCAAUACUCUUACUUUACUAAAAGAGUGGCAUGUUGUUUUUGUUCAUGGACUUUCCAGUAACUGGAGUAAGUAAGGAACUGAACAAUAAACUUAAAGUGGUACUAUGAUCAAAUUUUUACCCAUUGAUAUUUUAGGUGUAUCAGACACGUAGAAUUCCAUGAAAGAAUAAAAACGCCGUUUACCGUUUGCAAAUAUCUGCAUUAGUUCCGGAAUAUCUGCAUUAGUUCCCGAAUUCUCGUUUCGCCUUCUUAUUAUCCCGCAUUCCGCAGAAAUAACACACAAUGUUUCUCAA